CUGCAAAGUGCCAAACGCAGGACAGACUGGCUUCAGAGGACACUCCUCUGUCCGACCCCAACCUCCCCUCUAUUUGAGGCGCUUUCUCCCAUCCCAACCAAUAAUGUAAGACUCUAUCGGGGAAGAUCUCUCAGCUGUAACUUUUAUCCCUCGUGACUCAGUUUUCAAGCUUGUAGUUAAGCCACAGCUGGUCAUCUGCAAGGAUAACUGCUGUGAGAUGCGGCAAUGUCCCGAAAAACAUGCCUACGCGUGAACUCUUUUGACUCCGUCCGGAUUUUGGCAUUGGUGAUUUUUGCUGUAAAUGUAAUCGAGGCGGAUAAGCACAGCUGUUAUGAAGUAAGAGCCGCUUUCCAGCAGCGAAACAUCGGACCGCUUCACCUGGUGCCAGAGAAACCGCACAAAGAUGCUGAUCUGCAGUUAUGUACACACCAAGGUCCAUCUUGCUGCAACAGGAAGAUGGAAGGAAGCUACAUGAGUGCUGUGAAACAAGAGACUCUGCAAAAAAUCGAGUCCCACACCUAUCAGCUGCAAAGCCUCCUGUCUGGUCAUUUAGACAACUUUCAGGACACGAUACAGUCCCUCCUGUCAUUCUCUCAAGGACGCCUAAGUUCACUGUUGGAGAGAAGCUACUCGUCCCUGUCCCAUCAGGCUUUGCCCCAUGUGAAUCAACUGUUUUCCUCCUUGUCCCUGUUUCUACGUGGAGCAAACAUCUCAGUUGAGAUGACAGUUCACACAUUUUUUAGCAAUAUAUUCCCUCUUGUGUAUACACGGCUCAUUAACCCAGGCAUUGAAGGGAGUGUUACAGCAGGCAGCACAAUGAGUGACUGUCUUCGUAUGAUCAGGCAGGACGUCAAACCUUUUGGCAAUCACACCAUCAUCAUGGCUCAGAGACUGGCUAACGUUUUGGAGAUUGGCAGGCAACUUGUUCUCUCCUUGGAUAAAGGACUGAAGGUCAUCAAUGCAACGGAGUAUGCGAACCUUGGACGUGAUUGUGUAAAAAGUCUGACAAAGAUGGUAUACUGCUCCCACUGCAGAGGCUUGACACUGAUCAAGCCCUGUGUUGACUACUGCUCCAAUGUAAUGCGGGGAUGCCUGGCGAGUAUGUCAGAGCUGGACCAGCCUUGGAGGGUAUAUAUCAGCUCCUUUGAGAAACUAUCCCGUUCAGUAGCAGGGGAUCACAGCCUGGAGCUAGCCAUUCUGGGGGUCAGCGAGCAUGUUAACGAAGCCAUGCUCUACGCACAGAUCCAUGGUCCGCUCAUUACUGCUACGGUGGACAAGGUGUGUGGCCUGUCUACAGGGGAACCUCCAAGCAUGCGGCAUAUGAGCCCAGAGGUCACAACCUCCACCACAACCGCAAAUUCGCCUCCUUCGUCUACCUCCUCCUCUUCCCCCCAACGUUUACCAGAGGAGUGGCUGGAGAAGUUUGCCCACAUGAAAGGGGAGUUCUUAGCUGUGCUGCUGCGCUAUAGAGCCUUCUUCAUUUCACUACCAGACAUGCUGUGCAAAGGGGAGAAUGUAGUGGACGACUCCACCUGCUGGGUUGGCAGUGAUGUUGUAGAAAGUUAUACCAGCAAAGUUGUCGGACAUGGUCUGGAUGCCCAGAGGCAAAACCCAGAGGUCAAAGUUCAUGGCAUGGAUCAUACAUUGGCUGAGAUCAAGAAAAGCCUGGAGCACUUCAACCAGGAAACCCAGGAGAAGUUCCCUGAACUUGGUGAAAUUGAAAUCUGGGAAGAACUGGGUAGCGGGGAAGAACAAGGAAGCACCACAGACUGUGAUGAUGAAGAUGGCUGCCAAAGUUCAGGGGAUGGUGAAGAGCAUGACUAUGUUGUCAACGGGCAGACAUCGAAUGGAAGACAGCCUGAAGGAGGCAACACACAAGACAACCCAUCCAAGCCUCCUGCAGUGAGGGUGGUCGGGGGUACACCGCCUAUGAGCUUGCAACAACCUUGGUGCCUUGCUCUGAUUUUUGCUGGACUUUGUUUGAAGUCGAUGCUGUUCUGAUGACAGCACGACCUUAAAAGAGAAAAAAAAGUCACUUUUCAUCCUUGGAACUUACAUGACACUCAUAUAGACAUAUCACCAAUAUGUUCCUUACUCCUGUCGUCAUCCUGCAUGGACAGAUGUCAAGAAGGGCAACACAGAAAUGAAGAGUGGAACAGUGUGUGGCCAACCGUUCGGGAGCCUGUAUAUGGGUAAGAGUGGGUAACUGCAGGGUCUUUUCUCACAGGGUCUUCACUGUGAAUCCUGUGAAGAUUAGACAUGUGGAUUCCACUUUACUGUUCGGGGCAAGAUGUGAGCAUGAAGGAGUGCUACAGCUCUUGCUUCACUUGCACAGACCUAACCUUUGGGAUUUAGAAUGGGGUAGCAUAAUUCUUAAGAAUGUUUACAACUGUAAACACUUAACUCCAGUCGUAAUUCAAAUGACAUAUAGCACCUGUUGUCUUUUUCUACUGCUGAUUUAACUUAUCCUCUAAGCUUUGAAGCUCUUCACAGCACUGUACUAAUGCCAGCCAGGUGGGAAAAUUAUGUGCUUUCAUAGAUUUAACUCCUUUCUUUUUUGGGAUUAAGGAAUGCAUGAAAAACCAAUAGAUCCGUCCCAGGUGCCUGGCUCGUAACAGCAGAUUUGAAAUGCUCUAAUGACUGUGUAGCUUGCAGGGAUUAGAAUGUAAUGACUUCACUGGUACAUCACAAGCUUCCUUGCACGACUGAACAUAUUGUGCAGACAAACUAGGUGUGAAUACUCUAGAAAGCAACUGUAUAUAGGUAGAGAGAUUUGAGUGAAUGUGUGACAUGAGCUGAAUGGAUUGUUAAUUUGUUUUCUUUCAUGAAUGGGCUAUGUUUGUCGGCUCUACACAACAUGUCAAAAUCAUUCUAAUGUUGAACAAAAAGGGGAAACAUACAUUAAUUACCACAAUCAGUCAUUGCAAGAAUUGGGAGCUAGUGCUUUUUCCCGUUUUGUGUAUUUGCCUGAUAAAUUGAAAAUUUGCACGUAUGACAUCUUUCAAAAUAGUUAUGGCCCUUUUUCACAGCCACAGUUCCAAAUAUUUUAUUUAUUUUUACAUAUCUCUCUUAAAAAUUCCAAAAGCUACAUUAUAUCUUCUUUUCUGACUUUCUACACAAAUGUCUGUUAUGGAAUUACACAAUCAUGUGGCAUUCCUAGGCUUUAAAUGCUUGCCUUUUUUCUUUUGGGGGUUGGGGGAUUCCAACAACUGAAUGUGUUUUAAUCAUACUGUGUUGCUACAGUAGAAAUCAAUCAGAUUUUGUUUAGAUGUGGAUACUUAUGAGUCUCAAUUUUUCCCAUGCUGUGAAAUUGACUGGCACUAACAAGAAAGGCAUAUGUUGCAAAUCAAAUAUUUCCUUAUACUGUAUCAAAAGACAUCAUAUUUUUUUAUAUUGUCACACAUCAGCCAAAACUUUCCCUCUUUAAGGUCAGUUUCAAUCAUUUCCAUCUGCCAAUUGCCAAAUCAGUGAGAGAAAUCAAUAUUUUUAUCAAGGGUUUUAUCUUGAAAAGGUCUAUUGGUAUACAUAUACACAUUCACAGAUGUUACAGACAUCGUCAUUUACAGUUAUUACUCAUAGCCCACAUGACCAUCACCAUUGUAAAGAUAUGUAUAGAUCCAUCUACAGUGGCUAAGAGUAACUGCUGAUUUUCAACACCCAUGGUCCAUUUUUGAUCUUUUUAAGAGAACUUGUUUAGACCUUUUUUUAAACAGUCCCAUGCUUGGAUAUUUCUUUAAUUCUAGUUUGUUCCAUCAUUUAACACCAUUUAAUGAAAUGCACUCUUUUCAUAUUUGUUGGAGCACAUACAGUUUUGAAUUAUGUUAUCCGUAUAGCUAUACCCUCCCUCUUUUUCAUCAAAAGCAUUCUUGUACGCUCUCUGGUAGCUGUUGACUUCUAGCUUUUUACAUUAAUUGUGAAAUUCUUACAGAGAAUUUGAGCAAGCAGGAAUGAAUGGAUAAAGGUUUAGUGUGGUCAUGAUAGCCAUCCUUUGAACUUUCCAGAUGGCUCUUUUUUGCAGGAGGCAUAAAGCUUUGAGUGAUGCCCUCUAGGUCUUAUCUCAGACUUCUACACAAUAGCUCAGGUAUGGUGAAAAAAAGGCAAACAGAGGACAGAGGGAAUGUGAAAUGGUUAAUAAUUCAGAAAAUGUUUUACUUUAACAAGAUUUGUGAUGCUUCUAGCUUAGCCUGAACAUAUUUUAUGUGAGGCUUCCAGCAAAUCUUGUACCAAAUUAUUCCACCUAAGAAUGAGAUUUAAUUUACUGUUCUUGUUCAACUUCUUCAUCUAUUAUGACUUUUAGAUCUAUAUACCCUCUAUAAUUACUCCAAAAAACAAACUUGGUUUUCUCCAAAUUUAAAGACAGUUUGUUGCUGUGAAACCAGUUUUUUGAAAGAAUUAAUACCAUAUUUUCAAAAAAAAAAAGAACUGAUCUUAUUAUUCUGGCAUUUCAGAAAUGAUAUUAAUUUGACUGACCCCAUCUGACCUAAAAACUAAAUGUGAUUUGAAGUCAGACACUGAAAAAUAUUUGUAUCUUUUUUACAGUGUAUGUAAAUACAUGAUUUCCACACUUGCUGAGUUGGGCUGAUAAUUAGAACUACACCUUACCUGAAAACACAAAUAUAAAGUGUGAUUAAAACACCUAUGGAUUUGCAUCAGAUGCCUUCAAGUCAAAUUGGAAUAAAGGGAGAAAAAAAAUACUGUUGUAACUAUGCAAGCUUUUGAAAUGUAAUAGUGUAACAUGUUGUGCUCUUUAAUUGCAGCUGGUCUAUCAGUUUUGUUUCAAAGCAGCAUUAAACUCACCCAUCUGUUUCUUGCAGAUUUAUGCCCUCGCAUGUGUAUAAAUGUACAGAUUUUUCAUCCUUGUCAUUUGUUUUGUGUUUAAUUGUAUCUUUUUGUAUCGUAAUGAUACACUG